AUGGGAAAAGGAAAUGUUAAUAUAACUUUACAAGAACGUCAUGUUAACUGGAUGUUAACUUGUCCCGAUCCAUCCCCGCUUGCAUUCUUUCAAUAUAUAUCCCCAACACGCCGAAUUCGAGCUUCUGAAAAAUAUAAUAAAACGCUUGAUUUGGCUUUGGGUGAAACUGAUAACCAGGAAAUCCUGAAUAAGCUCAAAAAAAUGAAAAAAAUGGUGGAUGAAAAAAAGAUGAUGGGAGACUGGGAAUCCUGGAUGCAACAGAAAACAGCGAUUCUUGUUCGUCGUAAUGUACGUAGUACCAAUCUUAAUCUUCAUCAAGAAAUAAACACGCUGUCACUAAACAAGGACGAAUCAUCGGCAAAAAAUACCAACUUAGAUAUAAGUGAAGAAGAAGAUUUAGAAGAUCAGGAAGAGGAGGAUAUAAACGAAAUCGAAGAAUUUUUUAUAAGCAAGGGUAAUGACGACAAGGUUUAUAAAGAUGGUAUCGACGAUGGUGACAGUGAUAAUAACUUCAUAGAACGUAGAGAAGAAAAUCAACUAACUACUCGUCGAUCGUGGGUUCUCAAAAGUGGUACCAACGUUGGAGACGAGUUAGCAAAAUAUGUUAAGACAAUUCCUGAGGCUCAUAAAUGUUUGAACCUCGCGUACUGGAACAUUCUCGAUUUAACAGAAGACACCCAAAUAAAACCUUUUUUUUCAACGGAUGACUGGGAAGAAAUAAAUGAAAGCUUUAAAAAAGAAGUAAAAUUAGUUGAAUCAGAUAUACCAGAUGUUGUUGAAUAUUUUUUCGAUGAAGUGGAAAAGGUAUCCAAAAAAAAUGAUGAAUAUAUUAUCAAUGCGAUUGAUUAUUUGACUCCGGAGAUGAUAGAAAAAAAUAGAAAAGUCAAAUUCAGUGAUGAGGAAAAGGAGAUCUUUAAUGGAUUAAGACGUGCC